UGUUGUCAAUGGCAAUUUUUUUACGUCGAAGUAAAUUUAAAUUAUAUCUUGAUCCAAGGAAAACAAACAGUGCUAUUACAUUCACCUUAAAAAGAUUGAUAAUGUCAAGCUGUUCAAGAUUUGAAAAGAUUUUUGAUGAUUUACAGACAAAUCCAUAUUUUAAAAAAUAUGCCAAUAAAAUUUCUAAGCUUCAGCAGACAAAUCCUGUAGAGUUUCUUCAGAGAAUUGAAGAAAAAGAGCGCAUCAUUAAAAAGAAGAAAGUUAUUUCUAGAUGUUUAAAGUCAACACGCAAUUUGCAAUUGUCAUGGAAUUAUUCGCAAUUGUGGAAAUUAAAAACAAUUGAAAAAAUAAGUGCAGUUAAAGCUUACUCACAGUUAGCUUCUGAAUAUAAAUAUAUUACUACACCAAUUUUUUAUGUAAAUGCUGAUCCUCAUAUUGGACAUUUAUAUACAGCAGUUUUGGCAGAUUCAAUUGCUAGAUUUAAUUCAAUGCAAAAUCAUAUAGUUGCAUUGAAUACUGGGACAGAUGAACAUGGGAUCAAAGUUCAAGAUGCUGCAAAAUAUUGCAACUUAGCUACUAAUCAAUAUUGUAAUAAAAUGUCAAAGAUAUUUAAAAAAAUGUGUGAGACUUUUAAUAUUAAUUAUACAAAUUUUAUAAGAACAACAGAUCCUUGUCAUUAUGAUACCGUUCAAUAUUUUUGGAGACUUUUAGAGGAAAGAAAUCACAUUUAUAAAGGAAAGUAUUCUGGUUGGUACUGUGUAUCAGAAGAAGCAUUUUUAUCAAGUGAAGAUUUAAUUGAAAAAGUAUUACCAUCUGGUAAUGUUAUUAAAGUUUCAAUAGAAUCAGGUCAUACUGUUGAAUGGACUGAAGAAGAAAAUUAUAAAUUUCAACUUAGUAAAUUUCAGAAUGAUUUGAAAUAUUGGCUAAAAGAUGAGAAAGUUGUUCAACCCCGAACUUUUCAUAGAAUAUUAUCUCAGUGGAUUGAUGAUGAAAUUGUUUUGAAAGAUUUUAGUAUUUCAAGGCCAAUAAAUAGAGUUUCUUGGGGUAUUCCUACACCAAAUGAUAAAAAUCAAACAAUUUAUGUGUGGUUGGAUGCUUUAAUUAAUUAUUUAACAUCACUAGGAUACCCAAAUGAAAAAUUUAAAAAAUUUUGGCCACCUACUGUUCAAGUAAUUGGGAAGGAUAUUUUGAAAUUUCAUGGUAUAUACUGGCCAGCAUUUUUAAUAGCAGCUGGAUUAGAACCACCAAGAACUUUACUUUGUCAUUCCCAUUGGACUAUUGAUCAUAUGAAAAUGUCGAAAUCAAUAGGGAAUGUCAUUUCUCCUUUUGUUGCUGCUAAAGAUUUUACACCAGAAGGAUUGAGAUAUUUUCUUUUAAGGAACUCAAAUUUACAAAAAGAUUGUAAUUAUAGUGCAGAAGUGAUUUUAAAUGUACUGAACAGUGAGUUAGCCGAUACAUUUGGAAAUUUAAUUAGCAGAUGCACAGGAAAAAUGGUUAAUCCUAUGAAUCAAAUACCAAGUAUUGAAAUAUAUGUUAAUAAUUUAACAUCCGAGCCUGCAAUGAAAUUACGAAACAACAUCGAAUCUCUAGGAAAGAUUGCACAACAAUAUUACGAAUCAUUUCAUAUCAGUUAUGUAAUAGAAGCAGUUAUGAAAACUCUAAGAAGCGCGAACCUCAUGGUGGAAUAUCAUAAACCUUGGUUAUUAAGGAAGAAAACGGAUAAUUUGGACAUUAUUGAAUUAAACUCUGUAAUAGCUUUGGCUCUAGAAACUACACGAAUUAGUGCUAUAGUUCUUUACCCAGUAGUACCAGAUCUUAGUAGUAAUUUAUUAAAUUUUUUAAAUGUACCGAUACAUGCCAGAAAUUGGUGCAAUACACAACCAAAGUAUCUUAAUUCUUUAAAAUCGGCUAAAUCAAAACCCCUUAGUAGUGAAAAUAUGAUAUUAUUUCCAAAGAUAAAACUAAGUACAAAAAAUUAAAGCAAUAAUGUAAUUUAAA